UUGUAUUCGACAAUGUAACAUUUUAUUCCAUUGCCUUUGUUCUAUUGUCUUGGUCCUUCUCGAUAUUUAUAUCUCGAUCGUACCUAACUUUACUAGCUUGAGAUAUUCCCCCCUUUUUAUUCCCCCCCCUUUUAUUCAUUUUAGCCAACUUAAAACUCCUUAUCUGAUCGCAAGAAGACCAUCAACUUAUUAGAUUUAGUUAACUAUCCUUACUACAGAUACGGAAAGGAAAAAAAUGGCAGUUAAACGAGGCUAUGCCAGACCACUGACGGUGGUCAUCCCGACUCUCCUGUCGCUAGCGGGAUUCGUGCUAGCAAUGAUAGCACUCUUCGCUGGUUCCGGAUCGCAGAAGCAAUCGCUAGAGAAAUAUCACAUCAUCGCCGUUAACAUGUCUACCUUUGGCCAUAAUCUCAUACCGACUUCAAGCUCGUCCGGAUCCCAACCCACAGCCACCAACGACGAUGGGUUUGGCUGGGAUGACAUUCAGGAUGGACUCGACGAUAUCGAAGGCCAGAUCACAGACGAAUUGAACGAUAUCGCAAAUGAUGUCGCCGACCAGCUCUCCCGCGAACUGGGCAUCUCGCAGUGGUACAGCGUGCACGUCAUGACGGCUUGCGAGGGCAACUUUGCGCCCAAUGCGACUUCGCCGGGCGCUUGGUAUAAUACGACAAACUGCACGGCGCAGUCGGCGGGAGUCAAUCUCAAUCUCACCGAAAUCAUCCAGCGGGAGCUCAAUAACGGCCCCUUGAAGAUCAACGCGGCUGACAUCCCGAUCCCGGACUCGAUCCAGCAAUCCCUCGACUACGUCAAUAAGUUCCUCCUGGCAACAUUCGUCCUCUACGUCCUCGGCGCCGGCUUCUCCGGCCUGUGUUUUCUAUCGUGCAUCGUCCUCCUGACGCUGAGGCGCGACGUCAUCGGCCGAGGCGCCAUCCUCUUCAACAUGCUGCUCGCCCUAUUAGCCGCCUUGUCGCUUGCGGUCGGCGCCGCAAUCGCGACCGCCAUAUCCAAGAGAGGAGCGUCGGAGAUCAACGACCAGGGAGCCGAUAUCGGCAUCUCCGCCAUCGAGGGCACGCCGUUCAUGAUCAUCUCCUGGGUCGCGUUCGCGGUCAUGUUCGUGGCGCUGGCUUUCUGGACCGUGUCGUGCUGCACGCCGCGCAGACAGCUGGGGUCUCCUGCGGCGGCGACGUCGGCGUAUAAUAGGGAGAAGACGCCCCGCGCGAGCUCGGAUAGCAACCGUGGCUUGUUGGGGAUGUUCCGGCGAAGGUACUAGGGUGGAGAAGGGGAAGAUUACAGAGAUGUUAUACCUAACGAGGGAAAAUCCUCCUUCACGAAUAAUUAGAAUGAUGUUACGAGCUCAGUUUUAAACCUGUAUUUAUAUUGACAAUGAUACCUAAUGGUAAUGAUCCCAGCACA